CUGGAGUCUCCUCACUAGUGCACAGACUGUGGUGGAAACAGGCAGUGCGUGUAUUUUUCAUACCCGCAUUUAUUCAUCUGUUGGGGAAAAGGCUUUUCUGAGAGGACCGCUGCGGGAGAAAAAAAGACAUUUUACCUAGGAGAUCACGCAGAGGAAAAGACGAUCGGCUGACUAGGCUUCCCUGAUCCAAAACUACUGAUGUUUCCACAACCUCACAAUCAAAACAUGUUACCCUGAUCGAUGUUCAUCUGGCAUAGCUUUUCAUAAAGCAAGAUGUCAACCACAACAGAAAAUGGUAUGGGAGGGCCUUGGAGCACAAGCAGAGAGAAAACGUACAAAAAGACCACGUCAUCAGCCUUGAAGGGAGCCAUUCAGCUUGGUAUCGGCUACACAGUGGGUAACCUCACCUCUAAACCUGACAGAGAUGUUCUUAUGCAAGACUUCUAUGUGGUGGAGAGUGUUUUUCUUCCCAGUGAGGGAAGCAACUUGACUCCGGCACAUCACUAUCCAGAUUUCCGCUUUAAGACAUACGCACCGCUGGCCUUUCGCUACUUCAGAGAUCUGUUCGGCAUUAAACCAGACGACUACCUGUACUCACUUGUCAAUGAGCCUCUUAUUGAGCUGACCAACCCGGGGGCCAGUGGCUCUCUCUUCUAUUUAACCAGUGAUGACGAAUUCAUCAUUAAAACCGUCCAGCACAAAGAGGCCAAGUUUCUCCAGAGAUUAUUACCUGGAUAUUAUAUGAAUCUGAACCAGAAUCCACGUACGCUGCUGCCCAAGUUUUACGGCUUGUACUGUAUUCAGUCCGGAGGCAUCAACAUCCGACUGGUGGUGAUGAACAAUGUGCUGCCUCGCUCCGUCAAAAUGCACUACAAAUAUGACCUGAAGGGCUCCACCUACAAGAGACGGGCCUCCAGGAAAGAGCGAGAGAAGUCCUGUCCUACGUACAAAGACCUGGACUUUCAGGACAUGCAUGAAGAGGGGCUUUACUUUGACACAGAGACUUACAACAACCUGAUGAAGACCCUGCAGAGGGACUGUCGGGUGCUGGAGAGUUUUAAGAUCAUGGACUACAGCCUGUUGCUGGGUGUGCACGUCUUGGAUCAGAGCCACCGAGAGGGGGGUGAGCCGGGCCAGGCAGGGGGGGACGGGAGGAGACCGGUGGGUCAGCGGGUACUUUACUCCACCGCCAUGGAGUCCAUCCAGGGAGACGGAAAGGCUGCUGAAGCCCUCACCACAGACGACACGAUGGGUGGCAUCCCUGCCAAAACACACAAAGAGGAAAAGCUGCUCAUCUUCCUGGGAAUCAUAGAUAUUCUACAAUCAUACAGAUUCAUUAAAAAGCUGGAACACUCAUGGAAAGCCCUGGUGUACGAUGGCGAUACCGUCUCGGUGCAUCGACCUGGGUUCUACGCUAGCCGCUUCCUUAAGUUCAUGAGCACAAGGGUCUUCAGGAAGACGCAGCCAAUUCGAUUCUCCCCUUCAAAGAGGACUCGCACAUCCAUCCCAGCUCUGAAGUCGUCCUCACAGGAGAUCCUUUCAUCGCAGGUGGAUGAGAAGAAUGAGGAGAAGGACAGGAGGGACAGGCUGGGAGGAGCCCGGAGUCUAGCCAGUUUGGAUGGACAAGCUGUGUUUGGCUCGUACCUGCGUCCGGAUCUGGUCCCUGCCAACCCGUCCUUCUACGAGGGCUCGUCCAUGGGAACCAUCUCCACCUCCUCCAUCUUCGUCAAUGUGGACAACCAAACAGAGGAGAGAGAUGAUGUUGCAUCUAGUUCCACGUUUACUCUGGAGGACAGCGCGAUCUGCCUCACUUCAGAGCAGAGCACCAUGGACGUGGACAUAGACCGUGAUGAUGGAUCUGUCCUCGAUGUCUACUUGUGAAAGUGCAGCUGUACGACCUUCACCUCCUUCUGCUAAUCAUCAGACAAUCUUCAUACAUCAAUGGAAAGGCCAAGCUGACCUUUGACCCCACCUCCAGUGCUGCUACAUCCAUGUUGCCACUUGUAUUGCCAACACGUAAAAGACUGAAACUCUCCACUGGUUGAUGGACUAAAAGUAACCAGGAAAAUCCAUGGACAUUUACAGGAACAAUGUGACAUUCCACCAUGUGAUACGAUAAACAUCGAGCUGAGCUGAGUGUUGCUUUUAAAGCAUGCGUCAACGCAGUGCCAUUUAUGUAUACUGUUUUUACGGCUUACACAAAAUCUGAACAUUUACUGUAUGUAUAAAUACGAAGGAGAGGGCAGACAAUGUACAUUUCUUUACUUUUCUUCCUGCUGACCAGAAAGUAAUGAAAGACACUUUGACAUUUCCAGCCGCUUUAGCUGCUGAUCAUUGAGAAACGUUUACAGUGAAAUGUUGCUCAUCUUGGUCCCAGAAGAAGAGGGCCAGGAUGCUGUCCCUCAGAGGACAGCCACCGCCAACACGAAUGAGGAAAGGACUCAGUUGAUGAAUUUUAAAGCUACCGAGGCCAAAUACAGACUGUGACGGGAUUUAGAUGGCCACGUUGUCGCAACAGAACCCUGAAGCCCCGCCACGAGCUGCUGGAAACUGAAGUGAGAAAAGACAGUUACUGGAUUUUGGAUGAAGCGCAGAGCAGACGAACCACGCACUCGCUCUUGAUUAAAAGGCACUUUUGACAUUGGUUAUGAUUACUGUAAAAAUAUUUUUCUCUGAGGACAUUGCUUAGGUGGGUGGGCUACCUGAUUCAGAAGCACAGAUUUGGAUGUGUGAAUAUGCACUUUUUUUUUUUUUUUUUUAACUCUACAAAUGCACACCUGUGUAAGUCAUUCAUAGUACAUGUACACAGAGACAAUGAAGGAACAUUGUAGAUCAUUUUGAUGUGGCGCUACUAGUUUUGUGAGGUUUGCGUCAUAACUGCUUUUACUCAGGAUAUCCUUUAAUACUGAAUAAAUGUGUCCUCUUUAAGACGCUAUGAGGCAUACCGUCUCAUACCUCUUUAUCAACACCGUUCACGUUCAACUCCAAAAUCAUGUCAGUAGAGAUCAUAAUUUAUUCUGUAAAUCUAAAUAUUUUACCAUUUUCUGAAAAAAAUACUUUAAUCUUUGAAUGUAAAAGCAAUGCAUAUUUAUAUAUAGAAGAUUCUCCUAUAAAUAAACAGCUCAAACAGUG